ACUACAUCUCCAACAACUGAACCACCCACAACUACUACAUCAUCCACUACCACUGAACCUCCCACAACCACUACAUCACCGACUACAACUGAACCUCCCACUACUACCACAUCUCCAACAACUGAACCUCCCACAACAACUACAUCACCGACCACAACUGAACCUCCCACAACUACUACAUCUCCAACAACUGAACCACCCACAACUACUACAUCAUCCACUACCACUGAACCUCCCACAACCACUACAUCACCGACUACAACUGAACCUCCCACUACUACUACAUCUCCAACAACUGAACCUCCUACAACAACUACAUCACCCAUUACCACAGAAUCUCCCACAACUACUAUAUCUCCAACAACUGAACCUACUACAACAACUACAUUACCCAUUACCACUGAAUCUCCCACAACUACUACAUCUCCAACAACUGAACCUCCCACAACUACUACAUCACCAACUACAACUGAACCUCCCACAACCACUAUAUCCCCAACAACUGAACCUCCCACAACCACUACAUCGCCGACUACAACUGAACUUCUCACAACUACUACAUCUCCAACAACUGAACCUCCCACAACAACUACAUCACCCACUACCACUGAACCUCCCACAACCACUACAUCACCGACUACAACUGAACCUCCCACAACAACUACAUCAUCCACUACCACUGAACCUCCCACAGCUACUACAUCUCCAACAACUGAACCUUCCACGACAACUACAUCACUGACUACAACUGAACCUCCCACAACUACUACAUCUCCAACAACUACAUCACCCAUUACCACUGAACCUCCCACAACUACUACAUCUCCAACAACUGAACCUCCCACAACUAUGACAUCACUGACUACAACCGAACCUCCCACAACCACUACAUCACAGACUACAACUGAAUCUCCCACAACAACUACAUCAUCCACUACCACUGAACCUCCCACAACUACUACAUCUCCAACAACUGAACCUUCCACGAAAACUACAUCACUGACUACAACUGAACCUCCCACAACUACUACAUCUCCAACAACUACAUCACCCAUUACCACUGAACCUCCCACAACUACUACAUCUCCAACAACUGAACCUCCCACGACAACUACAUCACAGACUACAACUGAAUCUCCCACAACUACUACAUCAUCCACUACCACUGAACCUCCCACAACUACUACAUCACCAACUACAACUGAACCUCCAACAACCACUACAUCUCCAACAACUGAACCUCCCACAACUACUACAUCACCAACGACAACUGAACCUCCCACAACCACUACAUCACCAACUACAACUGAAUCUCCCACAACCACUACAUCUCCAACAACUGAACCUCCCACAUCUACGAUAUCACCAACAACAACUGAACCUCCCACAACCACUACAUCACUGACUACAACUGAACCUCCCACAACUACUACAUCUCCAACAACUACAUCACCCAUUACCACUGAACCUCCCACAACUACUACAUCUCCAACAACUGAACCUCCCACAACUACGACAUCACUGACUACAACUGAACCUCCCACAACCACUACAUCACAGACUACAACUGAAUCUCCCACAACAACUACAUCAUCCACUACCACUGAACCUCCCACAACUACUACAUCUCCAACAACUGAACCUUCCACGACAACUACAUCACUGACUACAACUGAACCUCCCACAACUACUACAUCUCCAACAACUACAUCACCCAUUACCACUGAACCUCCCACAACUACUACAUCUCCAACAACUGAACCUCCCACGACAACUACAUCACAGACUACAACUGAAUCUCCCACAACUACUACAUCAUCCACUACCACUGAACCUCCCACAACUACUACAACUACUACAUCAUCCACUACCACUGAACCUCCCACAACUACUACAUCUCCAACAACAACUACUUCACCAACUACAACUGAACCUCCCACAACUACAUCAUCACCGACUACAACUGAAUCUCCCACAACUACUACAUCAUCCACUACCACCGAACCUCCCACAACUACUACAUCACCAACUACAACUGAACCUCCAACAACCACUACAUCUCCAACAACUGAACCUCCCACAACUACUACAUCACCAACUACAACUGAACCUCUCACAACCACUACAUCAUUAACUACAACUGAACCUCCCACAACCACUACAUCUCUAACAACUGAACCUCCCACAACUACGACAUCACCAACUACAACUGAACCUCCCACAACCACUACAUCUCCAACAACUGAACCUCCCACAACUACGACAUCACCAACUACAACUGAACCUCCCACAACCACUACAUCACUGACUACAACUGAAUCUCCCACAAUUACUACAUCAUCCACUACCACUGAACCUCCCACAACUACUACAUCUCCAACAACUACAUCACCCAUUACCACUGAACCUCCCACAACUACUACAUCUCCAACAACUGAACCCCCCACAACUACUACAUUAUCUACUACAACUGAAUCUCCCACAACUACUACAUCAUCCACUACCACUGAACCUCCCACAACUACUACAUCUCCAACAACUACAUCACCCAUUACCACUGAACCUCCCACAACUACUACAUCUCCAACAACUGAACCUCCCACAACAACUACAUCACUGACUACAACUGAACCCCCCACAACUACUACAUUAUCUACUACAACUGAAUCUCCCACAACUACUACAUCAUCCACUACCACUGAACCUCCCACAACUACUACAUCACCAACUACAACUGAACCUCCAACAACUACUACAUCUCCAACAACUGAACCUCCCACAACUACGACAUCACCAACUACAACUGAACCUCCCACAACCACUACAUCAUUGACUACAACUGAAUCUCCCACAACUACUACAUCAUCCAUUACCACUGAACCUCCCACAACUACUACAUCUCCAACAACUGAACCUUCCACGACAACUACAUCACUGACUACAACUGAACCUCCCACAACUACUAUAUCCCUAACAACUACAUCACCCAUUACCACUGAACCUCCCACAACUACUACAUCUCCAACAACUACGACAUCACCAACUACAACUGAACCUCCCACAACCACUACAUCAUUGACUACAACUGAAUCUCCCACAACUACUACAUCAUCCAUUACCACUGAACCUCCCACAACUACUACAUCUCCAACAACUGAACCUCCCUCGACAACUACAUCUCUGACUACAACUGAACCUUCCACAACCACUACAUCUCCAACAACAACUAUAUCACCCAUUACCACUGAACCUCCCACAACCAGUACAUCACCGUCUACAACUGAAUCUCCCACAACUACUACAUCAUCCACUACAACUGAAUCUCCCACAACUACAACAUCUCCAACAACUUUAACUCCAACUACAACUACAUCAUUGACUACAACUGAACCUCCCACAACUACUUCAUCACCGACUACAACUGAAUCUCCCACGACUACUACAUCAUCCACUACCACUGAACCUCCCACAACUACUACAUCAUCAACUACAACUGAAACUCCCACAACCACUACAUCUCUAACCACUGAACCUCCCACAACUAUGACAUCACCAACUACAACUGAACCUCCCACAACCACUACAUCAUUGACUACAACUGAAUCUCCCACAACUACUACAUCAUCCAUUACCACUGAACCUCCAACAACCACUACAUCUCCAACAACUGAACCUCCCACAACUACUAAAUCUCCAACAACUGAACCUCCCACGACAACUACAUCACUGACUACAACUGAACCUCCCACAACUACUACAUCAUCGACUACAACUGAAUCUCCCACAACUACUACAUCUACUACCACUGAACCUCCCACAACUACUACAUCACCAACUACAACUGAACCUACAACAACCACUACAUCUCCAACAACUGAACCUCCCACAACUACGACAACUACUACAUCUCCAACAACUGAACCUUCCACGACAACUACAUCACUGACUACAACUGAACCUCCCACAACUACUAUAUCCCCAACAACUACAUCACCCAUUACCACUGAACCUCCCACAACUACUACAUCUCCAACAACUACGACAUCACCAACUACAACUGAACCUCCCACAACCACUACAUCAUUGACUACAACUGAAUCUCCCACAACUACUACAUCAUCCAUUACCACUGAACCUCCCACAACUACUACAUCUCCAACAACUGAACCUUCCACGACAACUACAUCACUGACUACAACUGAAUCUCCCACAACUACUACAUCUCCAACAACUGAACCUCCCACGACAACUACAUCUCUGACUACAACUGAACCUCCCACAACCACUACAUCUCCAACAACAACUAUAUCACCCAUUACCACUGAACAUUCCACAACCAGUACAUCACCGUCUACAACUGAAUCUCCCACAACUACUACAUCAUCCACUACCACUGAAUCUCCCACAACUACUACAUCUCCAACAACUUUAACUCCCACGACAACUACAUCACUGACUACAACUGAACCUCCCACAACUACUUCAUCACCGACUACAACUGAAUCUCCCACAACUACUACAUCAUCCACUACCACUGAACCUCCCACAACUACUACAUCAUCAACUACAACUGAACCUCCCACAACCACUACAUCUCUAACCACUGAACCUCCCACAACUACGACAUCACCAACUACAACUGAACCUCCCACAACCACUACAUCUCCAACAACUGAACCUCCCACAACUACGAUGUCACCAACUACAACUGAACCUCCCACAACCACUACAUCAUCGACUACAACUGAAUCUCCCACAACCACUACAUCUCCAACAACUGAACCUCCCACGACAACUACAUCACUGACUACAACUGAACCUCCCACUAUCACUACAUCUCCAACAACAACUACAUCACCGACUACAACUGAAUCUCCCACAACUACUACAUCAUCCACUACCACCGAACCUCCCACAACUACUACAACCACUACAUCACUGACUACAACUGAAUCUCCCACAACUACUACAUCAUCCACUACCACUGAACCUCCCACAGCUACUACAUCUCCAAUAACUGAACCUCCCACGACAACUACAUCACUGACUACAACUGAACCUCCCACAAGUACUACAUCUCCAACAACAACCACAUCACCAACUACAACUGAAUCUCCCACAACCACUACAUCUCCAACAACUGAACCUCCCACGACAACUACAUCACUGACUACAACUGAACCUCCCACUAUCACUACAUCUCCAACAACAACUACAUCACCGACUACAACUGAAUCUCCCACAACUACUACAUCAUCCACUACCACCGAACCUCCCACAACUACUACAUUACCAACU